UAUGAAGGGUCUACUCUCUCCACUCAAUCACAGACAUUUCUUAUCAGAAACAAGUCUUGAAUCUUCGGAGCAUAAAGCAAGAGAUCAAACACACAAAGGUUUCGCCACUUGUUUACUUCCAGUUCAUCCAGAACCCAUAAACGGAUCUUCUUCUUCCCUGUUCCUGUUUCUUCCGGUUUCCUCUUCUAAUUGAUUUCCAAUUUUUGUUGAAGUUUCCGGUCAUCAUCAGCACGGAUCGCCCCUCUGAAAUCUCCCUUGUCGGAUCAUCAUUUGGGUUGUCGGAUCCCUCUCAUCAGUAGAAAGUAUCGGUCUUUGAGCUUUGAUUCGGGUCUGCGUCUGAUCAUUUCGGGUUCGGGUAAGAAGAGAAUCGGAUCUCCGACAAGGUUGGUUAUGGCGUCUGCCGGAAAUUCCGACAGGAAGAUCAUUAAUGGCCCCGCUGGUUACGUCCUGGAAGAUGUCCCACAUUUGUCCGAUUACAUCCCGAAUCUUCCUACAUAUCCAAAUCCAUUGCAAGACAAUCCUUCAUACUCUGUUGUCAGGCAAUAUUUCGUCGAUGAGGAUGAUACGAUCCCUGAAAAGAUAGUUGUUCAUCCUGAAACUCCUAGAGGAACGCAUUUCCGGCGUGCUGGGCCUCGGCAAAAGGUAUAUUUUGCGGCGGAUGAUGUUCUUGCUUGCAUUGUCACGUGUGGUGGCCUGUGUCCGGGGCUCAAUACCGUUAUCAGAGAAAUAGUCUGUGGCUUAUCUUACAUGUACGGUGUAACAAGGAUCCUUGGAAUAGAUGGAGGUUACAGGGGAUUUUAUGCGAAAAACACAAUCCCUCUGGACCCGAAAGUUGUGAACGAUAUCCACAAACGUGGAGGCACGGUCCUCGGUACUUCUAGAGGUGGUCAUGAUACCACCAAGAUCGUUGACAGCAUUCAAGAUCGCGGGAUUAACCAGGUUUACAUAAUUGGUGGAGAUGGAACCCAGAAAGGUGCAGCUGUUAUAUUCCAGGAAAUCAGGAGGCGUGGACUGAAAGUUGCUGUUGCUGGAAUCCCGAAAACGAUUGAUAACGACAUUCCUGUUAUUGAUAGAUCUUUCGGGUUUGACACGGCUGUUGAAGAGGCUCAACGUGCUAUCAAUGCAGCCCAUGUCGAAGCUACAAGUACUGAGAACGGCAUAGGCCUCGUGAAGUUAAUGGGACGGUAUAGCGGUUUCAUUGCAAUGUAUGCUACUCUAGCCAGCCGAGAUGUGGACUGUUGCUUGAUCCCAGAAUCGCCUUUUUACCUUGAAGGCAAAGGCGGGCUCUUUGAAUUCAUCGAGAAACGGCUCAAGGAGAAUGGUCACAUGGUAAUCGUGAUUGCAGAAGGGGCGGGACAGGAGCUGUUGUCUGAGAGCAUACAGUCCAUGACUCUCAAGGAUGCUUCUGGUAAUAAACUUCUACAAGACAUCGGCCUGUGGAUAUCACAACGGAUCAAGGAUCAUUUUGCCAAGAAGAUGACCAUAAGCCUCAAAUACAUAGAUCCAACGUACAUGAUCCGAGCUAUUCCUAGCAACGCAUCAGAUAACGUAUACUGCACGCUUCUAGCUCAAAGCGCUGUUCAUGGCGCCAUGGCCGGGUACACUGGCUUCACCGUUGGUCUCGUCAAUGGCAGACAUACUUACAUUCCCUUCGAUAGGAUCACUGAAAAACAGAACAAGGUAGUGAUCACAGACAGAAUGUGGGCGAGGCUUCUGUCUUCGACUCACCAACCGAGUUUCGUGAGUCACAAGGAUGUUUUGGUGGAGAAGAAAGAGGAUACAGGAGAAUCAAUGUCGACCCAGUUGCUGGGGAAUGGUCAAUGCCUGGACCAAGGAGAAAUUGUGAACAACUCUGUCUGAAAGCGAACAUUCAUGUUUCAGGAGAUGGUUCUUUCUGAAGCUUGAAGAUGUUGUCUAAGUUUGUAACUGUUUUUUUUUUUUUGUCAUUAGGGGAAAGGGUUAGUGACUCAUUGGAGGAUUGGACUAUGUAAAGAAUAAAACCAUUCCAAGCUUGCAAUUUGCUGUAA